CAGGGUAUGCAAGCUUGCAGAACAUCAUAUUAAACUUGAAAUUCUGUGGGUUGACAGUAAACUAGAGCAAAGAGACCUGCUCCUCUCCUCACACAAGUACUUGCAAUCAAGAUGUCCAAGUUCACCCUAGUUGCCUAUUUCCUAUGGCUAGUGCUGGGCUACUUUGGGACUCAUCACUUCUACCUGGGUAGAGACAAGCAAGGGAUUCUCUGGCUGACCUCAUUCGGAGGCUUCUUCUGGAUCGGAUGGAUAAGAGAUUUUUAUCGAAUACCUGCAUAUGUGCGAGAGGCCAACAAGAACAGUUAUUACCUCGAGUCGCUAGCUGUGGAGAUGCGUCACAGUAAAAAACCCUCUCUCUGGAAAUAUGUGCAUCGUAUUGUGGCCCAAGUUGCGUUUGGAUACUUCUACAGAUCGCUAAUUCGAAUGGCCAUACCAGAGGAGUUCCAAGAGCUACAAUGGCUGACUACUCUCCUCAUACCACUCGGCAGUGCGGUGGGUACAUACACAGUCAGCAACAUUGGUCCUAUCAAGAGCAGGUUCAAGUAUUCACUCAUUGGAGCAUACGUUGGAGAGGUCCUGUUUGGAGAUAUUCACAUGUUUUCUGCUGAUCGAAUGGGCAGCUUUGCAGUUGGUGUGAGCAUGCUGUUCUCUACCUUUGGCUGGGAGUGGGAUCGAGCUGUCAAACCAAGCAAGAGCUACUGCCAGCGAAUGAAACUUUGUUUGAUCAUCUUCCUCCUGUACAGUGUUCUCUGUGGAUCGUACGUCUAUCACAACAUGUCAGUGAACACUAAAGAUGGAGAUACACUUAAAGUGCGAGAGGUCAUACAUAACUUCUUCAAGUCUCCUCACUGGGCAAAACUCAAGACCUCAAUCUGGAAGGUGUACGAAGACUUCACACGUGAAGGCUGGGACGGUGUUAAACAGAGAUUAACUAUCAUGGCUGACUUUGAGGGUGAGGACAGAGCGCGGACUGUCCUGGGUGUGGCCAGUGACGCUACUCGCAAGGAGAUCAAGGACCGCUAUCGUGAUCUAGCCAAAUUGUGGCAUCCGGACAAGCAUCGCGGGGAAGGAAAGGAAGCAGCUAAUGAGAAGUUUAUGGAAGUCAAGGAAGCUUACGAGAUUCUGGAGUCACUGUUAACAAAGAGAGAGAGGCGAUGGAGGGACAACUCUGGGGACUGACCUGCAUUGCAUGCGUGGUCUCUAGCUUAAUAGUUUUGUUGGUUUCAUUAUGUUAAAUCUGUGCUCAUGUUGUGCAGUCAUGCCUUAGUUUGUUUAGUUCAUACAUGUACAACUGUAUUACCCAAAGUUGUCUCAUAAUAUUCAUGAUCUUUCCUUAGCAAUCUA